ACAGAAGAAUGGCGCAAGUGUGAUACGAAUUUAGCGCCACGGAUGUCUCCAAUUAAGUUGCUCGUCGCGCAAGAUGAGUUUCUUUUCUCUAGUUGGAUCAUUCUAGAUAGAAGGGAGCGGUAUUUUCAAAACAAGAGCGAGUGGGAGAUUGAGUGGAAAACUAUACAACCUUGGGGACCGGAGGAGGGACAAAGAACCCCGGCGAAGAUGGAGGUGGUUAAACGCGGAGGGAGGGCUGAAAGGAGACACUUCUUGCAAAGGUUCCUGGGUAGUGAGGUGGGGGCGAGGGAGGAGAGGAUCGAAUGGGAGGCAGAGGUCAAGUGGUG